ACGCGAAUACACAACGAAGAACAGCGCAUCCAUAGCGAAACAGCCUAUCAACUUGUUGCACAUUUAGUUCAUUGAUUCUGGGACGAAUAAACAAUCCCAUAAGAGUCUCACUCGCUGAUUUGUGUUGUUUUUUUCUGCCUCCCAUCUUGGCACGUCACUCUUGAAUAAGCGCAUCAAGGAAUCUCACCCAUAUUCAAGGUGCUACAAGGUCAAGGGUUGAGAAGAGUCCAAAGAAUACCGGUGUUGGCCUGGAAUGACCGUUGAGACCUCAAAUCGUGCAAACUCGUGCCGCACGAAGCCUUCACCACUAUCAAGAGUGUUGCUCGAUCUGUGGCCCCUCGAUUACUGAACACGGUCUGCUAAAUAAAUUUCUCGCACGAUGGCGAACGACAACAAUGAUGACGGCAAUGGGAGCUUGAUUGUCGGCCUCAUUAUACUCGGCAUGUGUAUAACGGUCAUGAUAUAUUGUGGAAUCCGUCAAAUGAUGUACCCUGCGCCGCCUCCGCCUCGCGAUAUGUCUGUAGACCAGAGGAACUAUUUACGGAAAGUGCGCCAACAAAGUCUCGAUCGACUCUGGUAUAUUGCACGGUCGAAGGACCGGCCACCAGAGACAGAAGUUGGUUCCGUCAGUCACGCUUGAUCUGAUGGAUGCGGCUAUUCUUUUAUAUUUUUUCUUUCUUUUUUUCUUUUUUUCUUUGUUUCUUUUUUCCCUUUUCUUUCCUUUUCUUUUCUCUUCUCUUGUUUUUUCACGUUGUGAUAUGCUAUUAUGAAUCAUUUUUUAUAAACUUUUAUCAUCACAGUCCAUAUGCCAUCUCGUGGGUCAACAAUGCGGGUUGGAGUAUUUUGGCUUCAGCAGAGAGUUGGUAGCAGGCAGACUUGUAGCGAUAAACUGUAAUCUAUGAAAAUCAAUUUUUCUAUAGGG